GGAGCGGGAGUUUCCAGGUGCGCUCUGCGCUCUUCGUGCGCUCCCGGACGCACGGUUGGGGGGGGGGGAUCGAUCUGGGGAUCUUCAUCAUGGGGUCAUCGUCGCCGUCACCUCCAGCAGCAGCAGCAGCAGCAGCGCCGCACUUUACUUUGCGCUCCGCAGCGUCGGAGGAGAGCGCACUAAAAUAAGAAACUCAGCGGGGCUUUUUCCAUCGGCUUGAAUCGCAGGAAACUUUUCUAUCUUGAUUUCCCGGUGUUCGUCGUCGUGCGCGGCGGAGCGUCGAGUGGAAUGGAGAUCCCAACUUUCCUGCUGUCGAGUGCCGCUCUGCUCUUCGUCGGAGGGGAUAUUUUCACCAGGGCCAUGCUGAGUGACAUUGGGGACUAUGUAGGUACAGACAUUGAAAUAUCCUGGUUACCUAAUCUGGAUGAUUUAAUGAAGGGCUAUGCCAGAAAUUUUCGCCCUGGGAUAGGAGGUCCGCCUGUGAAUGUGGCCAUGGCUAUUGAGGUGGCCAGCAUUGACCACAUCUCCGAAGCCAACAUGGAAUACACCAUGACCGUAUUCCUGCGGCAGAGCUGGCACGACGACCGCCUGUCUUACAACCACACCAACAAGACUUUAGGACUGGACAGUCGCUUCGUGGACAAGCUGUGGCUGCCCGACACCUUCAUCGUCAACGCCAAAUCCGCCUGGUUUCACGACGUGACCGUGGAGAACAAGCUGAUCCGCCUGCAGCCCAACGGAGUCAUCCUAUACAGCAGCAGAAUCACUUCGACGGUGGCGUGCGACAUGGACCUGACCAAGUAUCCCAUGGACGAACAGGAAUGCAUGCUGGACUUGGAAAGCUACGGGUACUCCUCAGAGGACAUCGUGUAUCACUGGUCGGAGAGCCAGAGAUACAUCCACGGCCUGGACAAGCUGGAGCUUUCCCAGUUCACCAUCACAGACUACCGAUUCGUCACCGAGAUGAUGAACUUCAAAUCAGCGGGACGAUUUCCAAGACUCAGUCUUCGCUUUCAGCUGAGACGGAACCGAGGCGUCUACAUCAUCCAGUCGUACAUGCCUUCCAUACUUCUGGUGGCCAUGUCCUGGGUUUCCUUCUGGAUCAGCCAGUCAGCCGUCCCUGCCCGGGUGUCCUUAGGCAUCACCACCGUGCUCACCAUGACCACCCUGAUGGUGAGCGCCCGCUCCUCCCUGCCGCGAGCCUCGGCCAUCAAGGCGUUGGACGUCUACUUCUGGAUCUGCUACGUGUUUGUGUUCGCGGCGCUCAUCGAGUACGCCUUCGCUCACUACAACGCGGACUACCGGCUCAAAGAGAAGGCCAAGGUGAAGGCCAACAAGCUCAGUUCUGAGUCCAUUGUGAAGAAUGGAAAACAGGCCAUGGUUCUGUUUUCCCUGUCGGUCACCGGCAUGAACCAGGGCGUGGUCAUCUCCAACCGCCAGGGCCGGGCGCAGCGCGCCAGCAGCGAGAUCCCGGGGGAGGGCGGCGGCGGCGGCGGCGAGGAGCCCGAGCCCAGGAGGAGGCGGUCCAAGCAGGCGGAGGAGAGCGAGGAGGAGAAGAAGUGCUGUUCCAAGUGCGUCUGCAAGCCCAUCGACGCCGACACCAUCGACAUCUACGCCCGGGCCGUGUUCCCCUUCACCUUCGCCGUGGUGAACGUGAUCUACUGGGUGGCGUACACCAUGUGAAGAGGAGGCAGCGGGAGCCUGCGCGAGUGGCCGCCGUCCAGAGCUGUAUAUAAGAAACUGCUGGAGCGGCGCCACGCUGAUGCCGGCGGACUGACGCAGGCCUCGAGUUACAGGAACAAAAAAAAAAAAAAAAAAAAAAAUUCAAGCCUCCGGAAGACAGCCUGUGAAUAUGGAAAUCUGCUAUUUAAUGGAAGUAGUUAUGAGUUUAAAAGGUGUUAAGAGGACUUCAUUACAUUUGCAUAGAAGCGGCGGCUG